CUCAUAGAUGGCCGACGAAAACUCCUUCCUGUUUGCCGCCGAGCCCGCGUCUCGCUUCCCGAAGAAGAAAGAGCAGUGCAGGUAGCAAGAGGAAAUUCUGUUAUCUCAAAGACGGCAGUUAGAAAUUUUUGAAUGCUUGGCUGCUUUCCUUCCAAAUAGUUUUGUUGAAUGAUUCUUUUAGGCUGUUGAUACUGGACAGACCUAAAAAGACUUCUACAGUGGUCCUCAAGGACUGACGCUGAAAAGGAGAAAGGCAAAAUAAAACAAAGCUAGCUUCUGCGGAGGAAAUGGCCCUCACACACAAAACAGAGGCAACCAAGGGUCUCCUAAAAGAAAAUGUAGACCCGGAAAUAAAAAUGGAAGCGCAGUGUUCCUCAGGCCUUCAAUCUGGAGAAGGAAGGAAAAGAGAAGAUUUCCCAGAAACCGGGAAGAUUAAGCAGGAGUUUAUCUACCAAGUGAAAAAAGAGCCAGAGGAAGGGCCAUCUGGAAAUUGGGAUGCUCAACUGCAGGAGUUCCUGAAGACGCUGCAGGCUCCUGAUUCCUCCCCUUCACUGGCCUGGGGUGACCCUAAAACCACCCAGGUGCUCUCUCAGAGGAUGAGGGAUGCCAGCAACUGCCCCAGAGUACUUUGGAUGACUCAGGCCCAGCCACCCCUGGCCGUUGAAGCCCAGGAGGACUAUGAGAGCUCUCAGGAAGCCGCACCCGGCGGGAGGGGGCAGAAGGGGGCCGGGAGUGGGCCUGGGGCCAGGCUGGAGAAACAGCGCCAGCAGUUCCGGGAGCUUUGUUACCAAGAGGCCGAAGGGCCUCGCAAACUCUGCAAGCAUCUCCAAGAACUUUGCCACGAGUGGCUGAAGCCGGAGAAGCACACCAAGGACCAGAUCUUGGAUUUGGUGACGUUGGAGCAGUUCUUGGCCAUCCUGCCUUCGAAUAUGCAGAGCUGGCUGAGAGAAAACGCUCCGAGGACCUGCGCCCAGGCCGUGUCGCUGGCAGAAGACUUCCUCGUCAGGCAGCAGGUCAAAGGAUGGAGCAAGCAGAUGAUGGGGAUGACAGAGGAGGAAUCUGAAAAGCCCCCCAAAGGAAACCAAGCUCUGUCGGAGAUGGUGAAGGCACGGCUUUUUAAGGAAGCCAAGCAAGAAGCCGGAGGGGAGGAAGGCUCACUGGUCGAUGGUUGGCCUGAGCCACAGAGGACAUCGCUGGGAACGGCUAGAGAGAAUUACUUCCUGUCUCCCAAUGGGACUCAACAUGGAGCAGAGCAGCAGGACAGAAACAAAAGCGAGGCAGGGACAGAGGAGGUGGAGGGCUCACAAGGGUUUUUCCAAGCGGCUCCUGAAUCCCCCUUCCUCAACACCAAGGGGAAGUAUGACGCGGGGGGCCUCAGCCAAAGCUCCCACCUCGAUGCGUGCGAGAACCCUGACCCGGAGGAGAAACGUUACAAGUGUUGGCAUUGCAGCCAGACCUUUGGCAGCAGCUCGGAUCUCUUGACGCACGAGAGGACCCACGUGGACGAGAAACUCUACAUCUGCUCCCACUGCGGAGAGAAGAAGAGAAUCCGCCCAGGGCAGUACUCCCGCAUCUGCUCCCACUGCGGGAAUAAUUUCGGCUGGAUCCCCAAAGAGAAGCUGGGCGCUGACCUAGACAAAUGCUUCAUGUGUUCGGAGUGCGGGAAAUGCUACAUUCGGCAGACGGACUGCCUCAAGCACCAGAAAACCCACAGCGGAGAGAAGCUGUUCAUUUGCACAGCCUGCGGGAAAAAAUUCAUCUCGUACACCUCCCUCAAAAUGCACCAGAUGGUCCAUCGUGGGCAAGACACUCACCAGUGUUUGCGAUGUGGGAAAUCCUUCAUGUCCCGGUCGCACCUGUUGCUGCACGAACUGGUCCACAAGAACAGCUCGCACUGCGGGAAAAGCUUCAGCCGGAAAGCAGAACUGGGGGAACAUGAGAAAACUCACACAGCCACCGAGUAGCCGUUCACCUUCCUUGAACUAAUAGGAAGAACAUUUUCUUGAACCUCAGGCGACAAAGCCCACUUUGAAGGGACGGAGAGACACUUGAACUUUUGAAAGCCUUAGAUGUGGUCACUAAUGAGCUCCCAAAUUUUAUUACCCAGGUAUUUUUCUUUUUAAAUAUGUCAAAAAUUAAAAAAAACAAGUCAAAACUUUUACUUAGAAAGUCAUGGUAAAAGGACUGUGGGGGAUUCCAAGUCGGAGUGUUUCUAAGAGUUGGAACACAGCAGUUCUCUGUAAUUGCGUAAAGCUGUUUUUGUCUUCCUAGGAUCCGGUGCCAGCUGGGAGGCAACUGUCUUGUUGCAGGAAAAGGCAUGGCUGCUUUGUAGACAGAUGCCACGUUGGCACUCCAAAUUUGUUUUUCAAGCGAUCAAAUCCGAAAUUAAACCGCAUAGUCCAGCUAUUACCUAAACUUGAUUGUAAUUAAAUUUAAAGACAAAUAAGCCAAACAGAGCAUUUUCAUGCUCCCAGUGCUACUUUUUAGAGAUCACACAAGCAGCACUCCAAGCUUUUUCUCCUU